AUGUCAGCUUCCACCACAACCGCAGCGCUGGCUGAACUCAUCGACUCACUAACCCAAGAUGAGAUUCCCAUCAAGCUCCGAUGCGCCAUCUGCAGCAGGCUGGCUGUGAACGCGUUCCGCCUGCCAUGCUGCGAGCAGGCGAUCUGCGAGACUUGCCAGUCUACCCUACCAUCAUCAUGUCCCGUUUGCGAACACACGCCUGUCUCGGCGGAAGACUGCAAGCCGAAUAAGUCGCUACGGACAACUAUCAAGGUCUUCUUGAGGACCGAGGAGAAGAAGCGCGAGGCGGCGAGAUUGAAGGAGGCAAAAGCUUCACCUCCAGCUACACCACUAGUAGUCGAGACGCCUGCGCUGGUUGAUCCAACCCCAGCGGAGAUUAUUAAAGAUGCGCCUCCCGCUGAAGUCCAAGACAAAGAAGCCACACCGGCAGAACAGAUAGAACAAGCUCCAGCGAAGCCUGCCGAUGAAGAUCCAGCGGCUCAGCAAGAUAUUCCGCACCAGUCCAUAGAGGAGAUUGCGCCUGGCCAGGAAUCGAUGGAAGACGGUGACGUGGACACGACAGAGGAGAAGGGCGAAAACGAUGCCAAGGACGGCGAAGGCGUUUCGCAGACUCCUGCAUUUGGCGCGGGAAUGGGCUUCGACCCUUCUGUUGCUGGUGGGUUUCCAGGCAUGAGAUUUGGCGGCGAUAUGACCCAGAUGAUGCAGAUGAUGGCCAUGCAGAACGGCAUGGGAGCAGGUGGUUUCGGAAACUUUCCAAUGAUGGGUAUGCCUGGAAUGGGCAUGGACCCAAUGUCGAUGCAGAAUGCGAUGAUGAACGGUGGUGGCUUUGGCGCAAAUGGCAUGGGUAUGCAAGGCAUGAACAUGGGGAUGGGAAUGGCAGGUUUCGACGGAGGGAUGGGCACAGGUUUCAAUAACGGAUGGAACGGACAACAAAAUUGGAAUGUUGGAACAGAUAAUUUCAAUCAUCCAAACGCAGCAGCCAUGGGUCACGGUGAUUAUGGAUCUAACAACUCUGGGUACUCCUCUCACUCUGCAGGAUAUAACCAAAGUAAUUAUGGCCGAGGAAACCAUCACAAUGACUACUCCCAAGGUUACCGAGGUCGAGGUAGAGGACGGGGCGGUUAUAGCCGGGGUGGCUAUGGGUAUGGUUCAAACGAAGCCUUCUCACAGCAGUAUCCCCAGCAGUUUGGAUCAGGCCAGCAAAGAAAUGGACCUAUUAGUGAAACAGGAUCCAUUCCUACAGGACCGAAGGCAGAUGCCACUCCCGCUCCUGCUGGUAAUACCGAUGAGUUUGGUAGAGAAAUUCGCCCAAAGUCUGAAGGUGCUGAGGAGUCAACUCCCAAGAACGAUAGUAACACCGAUGGACAAAAUGGCGACAAAGGCACGGAGAAUGCAAUUUUAAUUGAGGGUCCAUCAGACUUUACAGAAGAAGCUGCCACUGUCCUGGACCUUGGUGAUAAAGGCAUGGCUAUUCAGACACUGGAAGACAAUGAUGCUUCCUACGCUCAAGAGUACAAUUCUGGAUUUAACUCAGUAAAUUCCUAUGGUGCUGCUCGAGGCGGCUUUGCGCAAAACCAUUCCCGUGGAGGCAAUUUUGGCGCCAUGCAGCCCCCGAAUGUGAAGCCUGUUGAUGUACCGAUAAAUGCUCCAACUGGUCCCAAAGCAAUGCGUGCGGCAUCUAACUCUAGCAUCAGAGGACGAGGUUUCUCAAUAGCAGGUCGUGCUAGCUCAAGGCCAAACACUGUUGAGCGUACAAGUGUACCGCCCGAGCAAUCAGAAAAGGAAAGUAGAGAUCGGGAGAGAACAAGAUCACCUUCAAAAGACAGGGACAGGUCGGCGUCGCUCGAAAAGAGACGAAGCAGAAGCAGAGAGAAACAUCAUCGCCGACACAGACACCGAUCAGCUUCCCGCUCCGAAGAUGAGAGGGAUAGCGAACGGAGAAGAGAACGCCGGCGGGAACGACGUCGUCGUGAAGAGGAAGGAGGUCGUGGUGAUGAAGUUGAUGAAGUGGUCGAUGAUACUAAGACAGCACGCAUCGAAGAGAAUAGAUCCAGAUCUGCUUCCCCGUCUGAAUCUAAACGUGCGAGCCAUCGAAGUCGCCGAGAUAGGGACAAAUAUCGGGAGAGGGAGAAGGGUAGUGACAGAGACCACAAGUCAUCUUCACAUAAGCAUCGCUCUAGCCAUAGGUCGCAUCGUGAUGAUAGAUCUCGAAGCCGUGAUCGAGAUCGGGACCGUGAACAUCGACACCGCCACAGCCGUCGAGGGUCCGAAGAACUGAAAGUUGAGACCGAAAAGAUAGAUAAGCAAGAGACAGGAGUGGUCAAGACUCCCGUCGAACCGGAAACGGCACCACGCAGGCCUUCAGCCAUGUCCAACGGCUUUGGUGGAAUUGAAAUUAAAGGUGCUAGUUCUCGCAACAAGAGUAUCUCCAUAUCCGAAGAUAUCCGCAUUCCAACAGGCCCACGCCAAGACCGCAUCUCCUCCGCAGCUCGUGACCGCGAGAGAGAAAGACCUAGCAGCGCCCGCCAUCGUCAUAACGAGGAAGCUCCCCAUCACUCAUCCCGUCGCGACUCUGGUAGGGACAGGGAUCGUGAGCGAGAACGCGGCAAGGAAAACCAGAGCGAGAAACCCCAAGUUUCCUCCGCACCACCGGUUCAGGAUCCUCAUACUCUGGAAAGAGAAAAGCGAAACCGAGAGCGCCUGUUGAAGGAGGCUCAGCGAAUGGCUGGACUCACUGCAGGCAUGGGUGGCAGAAAGCACAGUCGUGAUGAGGGAGAGGAUGGGCGAAAGGGGAGAAAGAAGGGUCGUCGAGGCGGUGACCACAUAGUCACUGGAGAUGACGAGGAAGCACGACUUGCUCGACUUGAAGCUGAGAGGGAGAACGCCAGGUGGAAUUAA